CUGUGAUCACUGGUUUGCUCUUUCUUCUCAUAUGAAAUUCACUGUUCUCUGGAGUUUACAAUCAUGUCAUUGUUAAGGUUUUCUGGUAGAACUCAUAAUCUCAUCAAGAACUUGCAACAUUUCUCUCGUCAAUCCAGGGCGUGCGUUUGAGGAAUUUCUGGUGAAUUUGCUCCGUUUAUUUGCUAGAUGAAGUCUCUUCAUCUUUUCCAUUUGAUUCAGGCAUGCAGCAGGUAUUCAAUGGCCUUAUUAUGAUUUAGUUGGAGCUACUAGGGCGUAUAGGAGAGCUGUUGGUUACGAAAUCCAGGGUUUGAUGUCAAGAUGUGAAUUUAGUACAUCAUCUCGUUAUAGGUUACCUGGUCGGUUUCAGUCUCCGGGUUUUCAUUCUUAUUCUUUAGUUAGCAUUCAGCGUGGAUUUUCUUCUCAUGUAUCCGCACAAAAGAAAUCAGAAAAGAUGCUUUGGUACCUUGUAGCAGUGGUUUUUGCAAUGGUGGGGGCUACUUAUGCAGCCGUCCCGCUGUAUCAGCGAUUUUGCGCAGCUACUGGCUAUGGUGGUACAAUUCAGCGUAAAGAGACUGUGGAAGAAAAGAUUGCUCGACAUACUAAAGAUGGUACAGUGAAUACGAGGGAGAUUUCAGUACAGUUUAAUGCUGAUGUAGCUGAUCAAAUGCCAUGGAAGUUUGUUCCAACGCAAAGAGAGGUAAGGGUCAAGCCUGGAGAAAGUGCCCUGGCGUUUUACACUGCAGAAAAUCGAAGUUCGACUCCAAUUACUGGUGUCUCCACAUACAAUGUUAUUCCCAUGGAGGCUGCAAUCUACUUCAACAAGAUACAAUGCUUUUGCUUUGAGGAGCAGCGGCUUCUUCCUGGGGAGCAAAUUGAUAUGCCUGUGUUUUUCUACAUCGACCCUGAGUUUGAAACAGAUCCUAAAAUGGAAGGCAUCAACAGCUUGAUUUUGUCCUAUACAUUUUUCAAGGUUGCUGAUAAGUAAAGCAGCAUUAUCUUCACAAAUUUUGAGGAUCACUCUGGAAUAAGAGUUCAAUUGUGGCGUCACCAUUGAAGUAAGAAUUUGAUACUGAAGAUCGUGAGAACUUAGAUGUCAAUUAUUAAGAGGCUAUUUGCCUCUCUUAUCUCUAAUUAUCUUUUUCUUUUUUCUUUUUGUGCUUGAUGUUGUUGUGCUUGUGUCUAAUAUGAGGGGCUGUCCUUUAUGGAUGUAUCCAUUCGAUUUGUCCUUAAACUAAGGAAAAUAAUAAGAAGAGAGAUUAUGAUUUAUUAAUCUUCAUCC